AUGACACUGAAACAGUGAGAGAUUUCUGAUGCCUUGGCAAGGAGUCUUGAUUCAUGCAGGAAGAAUGCUGUGACCUGGCUCAUCCCAUUCCACUGAACACUGCUCAAGAAGUGGAGGAAUAGCAGCUCAGCUCAGCCUGCCUUCUGGAUUUAAGAAGCUGAAGGCAUGUCUCUUCCCCGACAACUGCGAGAAAAGAGUGACUUUGACCAGCUUCCCGAUGAUGUGCCUGUUUCAGCUAACAUUGCAGACAUUGAAGAGAAGAAAGGAUUUACUAAUUAUUUUAUGUUUGUCAUUGAAGUGAAGAUUAAAGGUGGUGGCAGAUACCUGAUUUUCCGCCGCUACCGUCAAUUCUAUGCUCUUCAUGCCAAACUAGAGGAAAGAUAUGGGGCAGAGAGCAAAAACAGCCCUUUUACCUGCACACUCCCCAUACUUCCAGGGAAGGUUUAUGUAGGAGCCAAAAAGGAGAUUGCUGAGAACAGAAUCCCUAUUCUAAAUGCCUACAUGAAGAACCUACUCUGCCUACCCAUUUGGGUGUUGAUGGAUGAAGAGGUGCGGCUGUUCUUCUACCACUCAACCUUUGAUAGUGAACAGGUGCCUCAGAGACUGAGACGGCUUCGCCCACGGACACGCCGAGUUAAAAGUGUUUCACUCCAACCGCCUAUUUCUGAUCGCACGGCAGCUCCACGAGCAGAGGCCCUGUUUGAUUUUUCUGGAGCCAAUAAACUGGAACUUAGCUUUAAGAAGGGGGACUUGAUUUAUCUACUCAGCAGAAUAAACAAAGAUUGGUUGGAGGGAACAGUUCACAGUUCCACUGGAAUUUUCCCCUGUGCUUUUGUGAAGAUCAUAAAAGAUUUACCACAGCAGGAAGAUACAGUUAAUAGAGUACGCUGUUAUUACCAUGAGGAGACAGUGAGCACUAUCAGGGAUAUCUUGGUGGAAGAGGAUCUGAGCAGUAUUCCAUUAUUCAAAGAUCUAAUGAAAUUAAUAAGGCAGGAGUUUGACCAAGAUGACAUUGUUUUGAAUUAUCGGGAUCUUGAUGGUGAUCUGAUUCGGCUGCUUUCUGAUCAGGAUGUUGAACUCAUGGUGUCUCAGAGCAGAAGGAAGCCUACUGAGAAGCAUAUCUUCCCUUGGAAGUUGCACAUCACUCGCAAGGAUGACUUAAGCAUCUACAACACUAAUCCAGGAAUAGGUGCUAUUCCAACAGUAAUAGCAACAUGACCACUAUAGAGAAAUAUAUUCAGUAGGUAACUAUAUUAUCUUUUUGCGAUUUCCAUCUGCAGAUGAUUUCCUUUAAGAAGAGUCUGAGGUGAACUUGAAAAAAAAACCAAACAUUUAAUAAUGUAGUACCUUUCAAUGUAAAAUCUAUAGCUAGCUAGCUUCUUCAGAUUUUCAGCUCUCCUGUGUAAUGGAUAUAUCUACUUGAAGACGAGAGAAACUAAUGAGUAGAAAAGUAAAAGCAUUGGCUGUUCAUAAAGCAAAGCAAUGUUAGCCUGAAAUAGAGGUCUGGUG